AUGGCUGCUGCAGGUGAUACAAACAACGCAGAACUGCAAAAGGAACUGGUCUGUGCAGUAUGCCUGGAUUAUUUCGACGACCCCGUGAUCUUGAAAUGUGGCCACAAUUUUUGUCGUAUUUGCAUUAUGACACACUGGGAGGAAAAUGGGAGCGAUGACCAUGGUUACCAGUGUCCGGAAUGCCGAAUGGUGUUCGGAAAGAUGAGUUACACAAAGAACUACCUGGUAAAGAACCUUGUGGAUAAACUGAGUGAGAUGGAUUAUUUGAAGAACUGUAAACCAUCCUUGCCACCCAGAACGACCAAAAUGGAUGGAAAAUGUGAGCGACAUCACGAAGAUUUGAAACUGUACUGUCAUAGUGAUAGAAGACCCAUCUGUGUUGUGUGCAGAGAGUCCAGGGCUCAUAGGCACCAUGAUGUUGCUCCUAUACCUGAGGUGAUUGAGGACAUGAAGGGAGAGCUGCGAAUGAGGACCAUCAAGUUAAACUGGCAGAAAUCCAUGUGUGCCAGGGUGAAGGUCAUAGACGAGCAGGCUAAGACGGAUACUAAGCUGCAGAAGCAGGCCUUGAAGGAGAAGAUCGAGGAUGACGUGGGCGCCCUGGUUCAGUUCCUGCUGGACGAGAAGGACGAGCUACUGGAGAGACUGGAGGCCGAGGAGGUUGCCACUUUGUCUAUGAUUGACGACAACCUUCAGUUGGUUGAGAGCAAAGCAGCCGCAGUGGACAAGGCUAUUGCUGAGCUUCAGAGCCACCUUAACGGCGAAACCAGCUUCGAGAGUUUGAGCAAAGCCUAUUCGAGUCCAUUCGAUGGCAACACCUCUGUGCAGGCGACGAACUGCCCUCCAGACUGGACUGAGUUCACCGGUCCCUUUCAGCUCAUCAUGUGGAAGAAGAUGAUGCAUGUGUUGCAUACAAUUCCCCUGAAUCUGACUUUGGAUCUGGACACAGCCCAUCCCUCCCUGGCCAUCAGUGACUUUGACACCAAGGUUGAGGAAGGUCGCACGCGGUCCCAGGAGCCCGACAUGCCUCAGCGCUUCACGCGGUUCUUUGGCGUCUUAGCCACGGCCCAGUACUCCAGCGGCCAGCAUUACUGGGAGGUGGACGUGCGGGACAAGGGCGUCUGGUACCUCGGGGUCACCACGGAGGGUAGCAACCGCAAGGGCUUUGUCAACCUGUCCCCCUCCGCGGGCUACUGGAGCCUGUGUCUGCACGACCGCUUGUACGCUAACGAGGAGCAUUCGCGGGUGCCCGUGGCCGACUACUGGACCUCCCCGCGCGUCGGGGUCUUCCUGGACUACGACAGGGGCCGGGUGUCGUUCUACGACGCCGUCACCAUGAAGCGCGUGUACAGUUUCAUCACAUACUUCGACGAGCCCGUGUCCCCCUUCUUCAGCCCUGGGAAGAAUGACCCGGGCAGCCGGCUUCAGGUCUGUCACUACUACUGAGA